AUGUGGUUCACCGGCGGAGGAGGAGGAGGAGGACUAAGGGAGCUUUGUAGAGCCUCCGCGGCUGUUUUAGAGAACAAGAUGAGCUAUAACUCUCUGUUGGUGCGAUACAUGUCGAGAGAACGAGCUGUAAACGUCCGAAAGAUAAACCCAAAGGUUUCGAUCCAAAAAGCUCACAUCAUCUCCACUUCUCUCUACGAUGUCUUCAAGAAACAUGGUCCUCUCUCCGUUCCCAACACUUGGCUCCGCGCUCAGGAAGCUGGGGUUAGUGAAAUAAACAGCAAAACUCAUAUGAAGCUGUUGCUGAAAUGGAUGAGAGGGAGAAAGAUGCUCAAGUUAAUCUGUAAUCAAGUUGGUUCCUCUAAGAAGUUUUUUCACACGAUUUUACCUGAAGAUCGUCAACAAGAGACACCACCUCCUGCUGCUGCUGCUGCUGCGCCAACUGAGAACAAGAAACAAACCUUCAAGGGAAGAAGCAAAUAA